CAGCACGAGCUCUGCGCCGCGGACUGCGCCUCGCCGCCCGGCGCCGUGCCCGCCUUCGACCUGGCGAUCGGCCUGCACUGCUGCGGCGGCCUCACGGACCUCGUCAUGGAGCUCUGCCGGGCGCGCGGGGCCGACUGCGCGGUGGCGCCCUGCUGCAACGGCGGCAUCGGGCGGGGCAUCACGGAGGCGGGGGCGGCGGAGGCUGGAGUGGCCUACCCGCGCUCGCAGGCUCUUGCCCGCUUGGUCUCGCGCGAGGAGUACUGCGAGGUGCUCUGCCCGGCGGCCGACGACCUGAGCCACUACGGGGCCAAGUGCUUGGUUGAGCUGGACCGCGGCCUGGCGGCCUCGGGCAGCCUCCGCCUGCUGCGGCUGUCCCCCGCCACGUGCUCGCCGAAGCACCACGUGGUGGUCGUCGAGCGGACCCCCCGCGAGGCGGGCGCGGCGCUGACUGAUCCACCACAGGCCAUCGCCGUCAUCACCAUGACCCUGACAGUCUGCACCGCCACUGCAGGAACUCGCCGUGUUGGCAGGGCGGCCCGCGCCGCCCGUGCCGCUGGAGCUCUCUGGGGCAGGGCCCGCCUCGAGUUCGAGACGGGCCCGGCGGCGCCCGCCGCCGCCGCGGAGAUGGCCCCGCUGCCCCCGCCCCGCGGCCGCGCGGCCGCGGGGCCCGCGGGCGCCCCGGAGGGAGGAUGCCACCCACCGAGCUCGCUGUCGAAGUGCCCGAAGCACCCGACGAACCGGAAGGUGAAGCACCAGGACAAGCAGUACGAGGGGCCCGAGGACAUGCGACGCGAGGCCCAGGCCCGUGGCGGCAGCAGGAGCGUGGAGGGCCAGCGCGGGCGGCGCGCCCAGAGCGCUGGGCGGGGGCGGAGGCGCCGCGGCGGCGUGGGGCCGGGGCUGGUUCCCAACCCAGGGGACGGUCCACGCAAGCACUGCUUCGAGGAGCCGCUCUCGGACCUCCGUGUUGCCGGCGAUGGUCAAUUUGGCUUUCCGGAGCCAAAAAUUGAUCACCCCGCCGCCGCCGAGCGGACGGAGCGCCAAGCCGAUCCGGGCCCCGUUGGUGCCAAAGAGCCAGAAUGCCUGGCGGGAGUCGGUGUAGAGCCCGCAGGCGGCAGCCAACUGAAGGGCCUCUUGCUCCGUGAGCGCGCGCCCGUCAGCACGCGCAGGGAGCCCGCGGCGGAAGCGGGCGCUACCGGGGUCAGCGCCGGCUGCUGGGGCUGGUGCUGCGCCGGCGCCGCCGGCAAGGAGACGGACGAUGAGGGCGGGCCGAUGGGCCGCCAGGAGCAGGCGGACGAGGGGGGCAGCGGAGGCGAAGGCAGCACGGGCGCCGCCGGCGGGGGGCCAGACGACGGGGGCGGGCAGCACGGCCGCCCGGAACAGGCCGGCGCAGGCGGAAGAGGCUGGGGCGCGGGCAUCCCCAGCGACGCAGGCGGCGGGCCAGAGGAGGACGCAGCGGGGCCGCCCAGAGGCGGAGGGGCGGCGGGCGGACUGCGCCACGGGGGAGUGGCCUGCGACGCCGGUGCCAGGCCCGGGCUGGCCCCCGCAGAACCGCUCGAGCUGCCGCCCGCUGCGCCCGCAGCCCAGCGCAGACUUGCGGCGCGGAGGGCAUCAGCGGCACCCUGUGCAGAGCCCCCGUACACCGCCACCAAGGCCUCGGCGACCAAGGGGAAGGCCCCGAAGACCGGCGGCGGCGGCACGGGGGCCGCUGCUGGCUCGGCCGGCACACGGCCAGGGGCCAUGGCAGACUCGCGCCUCGAGCAGACGGGCGCGCCCCUUGGCAUCAGCUUCGAGCACACGGGCAAGCUCUUUGGCCUCAGCCUCCUGCUGGGCCUGGGCUAG